AUGACACCACCGGCAGGCCAUGAGGUCGUGGCCUUGCAUGCGGCGUACGAACCACUGCUGCUCCAGCGCUUCUACAACGAUAUCCUUGAGCCUUGCUUUGGCAUGUACCCAGACGAACUGGACGAUCUCGAAAGUUUCCAUGCCCAACUGACACAAUCCAGUCACGAUUCUGAGUGCCUCUAUCACAUACUCCUUCUUCUCGACAAAGAGGGCAGGUCGACUAUUCUAGCUGGCGUGUGCUUUGAGUACUAUCGCAGGAGCAACUGUGGCCUCGUGACGUAUAUUGCUACUAAUCCAAAUGUCGAUACGAAAGGGCAAGGACUUGGUCGCUACCUCACCGACAACGCGCUCAGGACGCUGCAUGACCAAGCACGACGCCACGGACACCCCAAAUGUCGCGCCGUGUUUUUGGAAUCUAAUUCGGACGAAGUCGUAAAUGAUGUCAUGCCCCCUGCCCGACGACGGCAGUUGCUGACGUUGUGGGGGCUGUCCUUCCUGGAAUUUGACUAUGUCCAGCCACGUCUCUCCGAGGAAAGAGACGCUUGCAAGACCCUGCGUCUGGCCGUGUUCAAUGAUGCCCUCGUGGAGACGCCAGGUGUUGGCUUUGGACUUCCGUCCCGUGACCUGGUCGCGUUCUUGACGGACUUUUACACUGUGCUCAUGGGCUCGGUGGCUCUAACGUGCGAUCCCGACGCGAUUCGGCAGCUAGCGUGGCUUCAGACACACCCCACCGUCCAAGUCGAGAAGCGUACACCGACACGAUAAGAAAUCGAGAAAAAGCACCGAUCGUGCUUUGAAUCAUCAGUUGGCCCAA